AUGGCCGAGGGCAAGCAGCAUCUGUCGAUCGUGAUCUGCGGUCACGUCGACUCCGGCAAGUCGACGACCACCGGUCGCCUGCUGUUCGAGCUGGGGGGUAUCCCCGAGCGUGAGCUGGAGAAGCUCAAGGAGGAGGCCGCGGCGCUGGGCAAGCAGUCCUUCGCCUUUGCCUUCUACAUGGACCGCCAGAAGGAGGAGCGCGAGCGCGGUGUGACCAUCGCGUGCACCACCAAGGAGUUCUUCACCGAGAAGUGGCACUACACCAUCAUCGACGCCCCCGGUGAGCCAAGGGGGGGGGGGUGA